AUGGCAUCCAUAUCGGCUGCUCUCGCCUCGGCACUCCCGACACCAAAGUACACCGGCGAAGACGACGCCCCUGCACACGCCCAGCAGCGCGGCCCGCGCAUCGUCGGUGCAGGACACCUCGACCAGACCCAGGUCGUGCUGAGGAGAACAGGACCACCCCCCUAUGGCCAGCGGACGGGAUGGCGGCCGAGCGGCCAGGAGGACUUUGGCGACGGCGGCGCGUUCCCCGAGGUGCCUGUCGCCCAGUACCCUCUGUCGAUGGGCCAAAAGUCGGCGACGGCAAGCAACGCCCUCGCCGUCCAGGUCGACGCCGAGGGCAAGGUCGACUACGGUGCCAUCGCCCGCCAGGGCCACAACGACAGCCGCAUCAUCCACGCGUCCUUCAAGGACCUCAUCCCCCUCCGACAGCGUGCCGACGCCGGCGAGAUUGACCUCGCGCGCCCCAGCCGCGACGAGGUCGCCGCGACGACCGAGAAGACGAAGAACGCCCUCGCUGCCCUCGUCAGCGGCGCCGUCGCCGCCCAGAAGCCCAAGAACAUCAACGUCGGCAACCGCGCCGACCCGACCUUUGUGCGCUACACGCCGGCAACCAGAUGGGCGACAACGCGAAGAAGCAGGACCAGGGCGCGCAAGGACAAGAUGCGCGAGGAGGAGAGGAAGCUGCGCCAGUCGCGCAUGGGCGCCGAGAGGAGGGUCCAGGUCAUGGCGCGCGAGCAGAACCGUGACAUAUCCGAGAAGAUUGCCCUCGGCCUGGCCAAGCCUACGCAGUCCAAGGAGACCAUGUACGACUCGCGCCUGUUCAACCAGUCAAGCGGAUUCGACAGCGGCUUCAACGAGGACAACCCCUACGACAAGCCGCUGUUUGCGGCCCAAGACGCCAUCAGCAGCAUCUACCGGCCCAAGGCAAAUAUGGACGAGGACGAGGACGAGGCGGCGGGCGACAAGGAGAUGGCCAAGAUUCAGAAAGCGAGCCGGUUCGGCGAGGCCCUCGGCAGGGGGACGUUUAAGGGUGCCGAGGAGGCAGAGGCACGAGAGGGUCCAGUACAGUUUGAAAAAGAGACGGCGGAUCCGUUCAACGUCGACAAGUUCCUGUCAGAGGUCGAGCAGAGCUCAACUGCGAAGAGGGGCUACGGCCUGCAAGAGGACGAGUCGCGGCAGACAAAGCGCGCGAGGGUGGACGACGAGGACGACUGA